GCCGAAAAGCUCCUCUAUCCAGUAGGUGCGCAAAGUGUUGGAAUUGGUUGUGCCGUUGCUUCCAGGACUACAAGUUGUCUUCUAGCGUUAUUAAAAAUAGACGUUAAACCGAAUUAGCUCGACAAGAUUGAGAUGUUACAGUUUAGGGCUUCAAUUGUGCUGAAGGAGUUGAUUCAAAACAGCCCAAAGCGUUCGUUUUCUGACAUUAUAAAGCAUAAGAAGUCUUCACCAAAUGCGUACAUCUACAGCGCUGCUUAUCCGGAUGGCAGAGUAUCUAAAUUAAAGACUGUCUGUAAUGGAAGACCUUCUAUUCUGCCUUUAGCUGGGAGAAGAUUCCUAUGUACAAAGACCGAAGGAGCGAUUGACCCUACAGAACCGGUCAAGAAAGAUGAGUCCGUCCACGAAGCGACGGCAGAUAAGAGAAGGAAGGCUGGCAUCUUGCCCAGCUUGGAAGACUUGCUGUUUUACAGUAUUGCUGAAGGCCAGGAGAGAAUACCGGCUCACAAAUUCAUUACCGCACUGAAGGCCACUGGACUUCGAACGGGAGAUCCACGGCUGAAAGAAUGUAUGGACAUGUUGAAAGUCACCCUCAAAUCCACAUCAGAUGGCGUGAUGCUGGACCGACACCUGUUCAAAAAGUGUGUCCAAAGCAACAUUGUUCUCCUAACGCAGGCCUUCCGGAAGAAGUUUGUCAUCCCUGAUUUCCAGCCUUUUGCCUCCCACAUUGAUACACUUUAUGAGAAGGCCAGAAAUCUCUCCGGGGGGCUGGUUGCUGACUACAUUCCCCAACUUGCCAAAUUCAGCCCAGAUUUGUGGGCCGUUUCCCUUUGCACAGUCGAUGGACAAAGACACACAGUGGGUGACACUAAAGUGCCAUUUUGCCUGCAGUCGUGCGUGAAGCCACUCAAGUACGCUAUUGCCGUGCAUGACCACGGCACUGAAUAUGUGCACCGAUUCAUUGGGAAAGAGCCCAGCGGCUUACGCUUCAACAAGCUCUUCCUGAACGAGGAAGACAAACCCCAUAAUCCAAUGGUGAACGCUGGUGCAAUCGUGUGCACCUCUCUUAUCAAGCAAGGGGCAAGCAAUGCUGAGAAGUUUGAUUAUAUGAUGAACUUCUUGAAGAAGAUGGCAGGAAAUGAAUAUGUUGGUUUCAGCAAUGCCACAUUUCAGUCAGAGCGUGAGUCAGGAGACAGGAAUUUCGCUAUUGGCUAUUACCUGAAAGAAAAGAAGUGCUUUCCAGAUGGUACAGACAUGACUGCUGUUCUGGACCUCUACUUUCAGCUGUGCUCCAUCGAGGUAACUUGUGAGAGCGCUAGCGUCAUGGCUGCCACAUUGGCCAACGGCGGCUUCUGUCCAAUCACAGGCGAGCGCGUGCUGAGCCCAGAGUCCGUGCGAAACACCCUCAGCCUCAUGCACUCCUGUGGCAUGUAUGACUUCUCCGGGCAGUUUGCUUUCCAUGUGGGUCUUCCAGCCAAGUCAGGUGUGGCUGGAGGUAUUCUGCUGGUUGUGCCCAAUGUAAUGGGCAUCAUGUGCUGGUCUCCUCCAUUGGACAAACUUGGCAACAGUGUCCGGGGCAUCCAGUUCUGCACGGAUCUGGUGUCCUUGUUCAACUUCCACAACUAUGACAACCUGAGGCACUUCGCCAAGAAGCUCGAUCCUCGCAGAGAGGGAGGGGACCAGCGGCUGUACACCUUCGGACCCCUGGAUUACGAGAGCCUUCAGAAAGAGCUGGCUCUCAAAGACACUGUGUGGACAAAAGUCUCGCCCACUGAGUGCAAUGAGGACAGCUCCACUACUGUAGUCUAUAGGAUGGAGAAAGUCGGAGAAGGCAACUAAAACGGAUCUGACUCACCUCGGCGAGCUCUUUGACAGUAUAUAUUUAUGUACUUCAACGAUUAUUUAUUUUCAAUGAAUCUCAUUCUGCGCACAUGUUAGUUCUACACACAGUCUCGAUGAAUAUGACUAUGGUAGAGGACAUGUCUAAAGCCUUAUGCCUUGGCCUGUGUUUAUCUAUCUGUGCUAAUGUUUAAAAGCAUAGCGGAGGGCUUUAUUCUUCACUUGGAAUGCAUGGACUCUAGAUGCGGUGUGGUUUAUAGUCACAGACCAGCAGGUGUUUUUUCGGGGUAUAUUGAGCAUUGGCUGCUGAACAGAGACUACAGGUGAUUCUGUGUUGCUCUGUGAUUAUAUAUUGUGGUCUCGCUCGUCUUCAGUGAGGUCUUUAGCUUGGUGUUACAAAGACAUGGACUUUUCUAAAACUUCUUGUUACAUGUGCUGUGACUCAGCAUGGCCUUCACUCUAAAAGAAAGCAAACAUUCGCUCAGAAAUUAAAAUUCAGUCAUUUUUAUUCACCCUCGUGUUCUUUUAAGCCCAUAUGUCGUUGGUGUUUCUGUGGAAUACAAAAUAUAUUUGUAAGAAUUCUUUCAUGCUCAUUUUUUACAGUGUUCCAUAUGGAAUAUCAUAACAAUAACCAUAAUAAUUGUCCAUCUGGAUACUUUUUGUGGGAAAAAAUAAAAAAAAAUUUUUUUUAUAUUUCCUUUGAGUAAUUAUCAUUAUCUUUUAAUAAUAACACUUAUCAAUCACUAUUGUUUAGCAUUGAUUCAUCUUGAUUUCAGUCUAUUCCUAAAACAAAGCUGGUAUAUAGUUGGCCAGCCAAUGAAAGCAACCGUUUACACAGAAAUUAAAAUUCGGUCAUUAUUUGUUCACUCUCAUAUGUUAUUGUUUCUGUCACACACCGUCAUUUUCUUUCAACCUUUUCCCAUAUACCAGUAAAAAAAAAUCUCCAUAGAAUUACAAUGUCCAUCUGGCUAUAAUUGAAGUCUCGCGAAGCCAUAUAUUUGCUUUUAUAAGAUAAAAGAUGGACAUUAAAGUGUUUGAAAAUAGCAUUUUGGUGCAAAUUUAGUAUCUGAGUUCAAAUGCAUUAUCAUUGAAUAACACUGAAUAAACGUUUCUCGCAUAAAGCUAUAUUACUUGGAAAGCGUGUGCCAACUAUGGUAAUACAUAACCUAUUAGUGAUAUGCAUAUGACAUAACACAUAAAGGAGAAGUAGUGUUUUUCUUUUUGGCCAAACGUUUGAUUAGGGCACAGUGUGAUUUGAUCGCGACCGAGCGUAAAGUUAAAAGGGACCUCAUGUAGCACCUGGGUUGUUCAUUUUCAGAUAAGUCACAGAGCGUUCCUGCUCAAUUGCUUGUCUCGGAGAGGACUGUUGUAAUGUGCAGUGUUUGCAUCACAGAGCCGCUCUAGUGCUGCUCAGCAGCCAGCUGAACCCUGCUGUCAGAGCGUCUUUUCAGUGAAAUCAAUAAUGUUACAAACCUUCCACCUGCCCUCAGUUCCGUUUCCGUCUGUAUAUCCUCAUAUGUUAUCACUAGAAACAUUUAUGCACCUUAUUAAUAGCUCAAAAUGUUGGUUUAUAUCAAACUAAGCCUGGAUAAGCUUCUGAAGUGGUUUUAUUGGUGGAAAGAUGCUGACCUUAUCAGGAAGAUAUUAAGUAUUAUAUGUUUUUUCGUUUUUUUUUUUAUGUGUUGCAAAAUGAUUAUUUUUUUUGCCUUUUAAAUUUAAAUGUUCAUUUUAUGUUCGCAUGAUUCGCUUUGCUUUCACAGGCUUGUAUAUUUCUGGGUUUUGUUGCUUAGUUUCACAAGUGUGUGUUUUUGUAUUAUAAUUUUCAUGUCUUGUUUUUGGCGCUGCUUUAGCGGAGUAGUGUUUUUCAUGCUCAGCUUUUACAAAACAGUCAAAAUAUGAGCUCAUUACAGUCUGGCUUGAGCAAGCAGCUCGCUCUGAUUACUUGAACAGCUGUCAAAUACUUCAUCACUUUAUAUUAUCAUCUGGUUUUACGCUGUCAUAACAGUUCCGUUUGCUUUCUCAUUGUGUAUUUAUGUCAUUUGUUCUGGUUUUCUUUUUUUGUAUCAUUAAUAAAUGUAUUUAAUCUCAUUGUUACCCAAAA